CUAAACUACCAUUGGGUAACCCAACUACUGGGCAACUAGCCCCGCUCUUGUGUUCGAUGUUCAGUUAUGUUGUGUAGUUUCGAACGAAAUCGGUAGAUUCAUAGCAAGUCCAGAGCCCAAAAUCGUGGGUCAUGUCGUGAUCUUUCGGAAUUGAAAGCUCAUUGAAGAGAGUCAGCACCUAUCAUGUUCUGCUGCAACACAUUCAUUGGUUCCUCUCCCAAGCUGCACCUUGUCCAACGAGUCAAACCUAUCAGACCCUUCUCUGGUUUGCUUUUCAUAGUCAAACCCAACCUCUCUUCCCUCACCUUCCGUUUCGGCAUUCCCUUGCCCACAGCCCCCACCAAGCUUUCUCGUCGGAUUUCGACUCCCCCGUCGCCGGCCACCAUGCUGCACGGCAACCCCGUCCUCUCUGACGUAUACGCCACCGCUAUUUCCACCUGUGUCGCUUUUUCCUUGAUCAGGUUAUGGCAAGAAACCGCGAAGCGUGGAAUUUUCGAUCAGAAAUUGAAUAGGAAACUUGUGCAUAUAAGCAUUGGACUGGCAUUCAUACUUUGCUGGCCACUAUUCAGUUCCUGGAGUCAGGCACCACUUUUUGCCGCUCUUAUUCCAGGAGUCAAUAUAAUUCGGAUGCUUCUCAUUGGACUUGGUAUACAGAAAGACGAGGCCACAGUGAAAUCAAUGAGCAGAUUUGGAGAUUACAGGGAGCUUCUGAAGGGACCGUUGUAUUAUGUCUCAACUAUUACUUUUGCCUGUGUGAUGUACUGGAGAACUUCCCCUUUAUCCAUUGCUCUAAUAUGCAAUCUGUGUGCAGGAGAUGGUAUGGCUGACAUUGUUGGGAGGCGAUUUGGCAGUACGAAGAUACCUUACAACAGAAACAAGUCCUUGGCUGGUUCGAUUGCAAUGGCAGCUUCUGGAUUCUUAGCAUCUAUUGGGUAUAUGUACUAUUUUUCCUCAUUCGGAUAUAUUGAGCAGAGCUGGAGAAUGAUUCUAGGUUUUCUGAUUGUCUCUAUCGCCACCACAGUGGUUGAGUCCCUUCCCAUUAGCUCGGAGCUUGAUGACAACCUCACUGUUCCUCUCACUUCCAUAUUGGUGGGAAGCAUGAUCUUCUGAUUCAUAGCAUGCUGUAGUGGUAGAGUUAGAUAAUCCUAGGCACCAGUCCUCUACAUAUUUAAACCUAGUUAGAUGUCAUGUGGUAGUCUCUGCAUUAUUUAGUAGUUUGUCUUGUCUAGAUACAACUGGAACUAGGUUGGUGUUUGUCUGUGAUUCCACAAUCAGUAAUAUCAUCUGGAUAAGGCCAUUGCAGCCUACUGUCCCAUAGUGAUUCGGUUCA